CCGGUGGGAGGCUCCGCCCACCGACUCUGACAUCAUCAAAAUGCUUCUGCAUAUGCGCAGAAGAGCGUGUGUGUGUGAGAGCGAAGCGAGUGCAUGCGCGCAUGCGACCCCAUUGCGAACCGGUAGUAAAGGUUCCUGUUGCGUGCAAGUCGUGUCCAUGUGGGUAUAUAUUUAUCAGUCGCAAGCUCCUGAAUGCCAAACGUUCUGAAAAGCUACCGUCCUCUGCAGAAAGCAGAAGUGAUGCUAAGAGAAGACGCACGGAGAGAGUCAAAAGGGAGAAGAUCAAUCCGGUGGUAAAUAAAGACUUAGAAAACAGGAAAAGGUCCAGAUCACACAGUCAAUCGGAUCACAGCCGAAGAGGAAGAGGACGGCCCAAGGCAGCUUCAUCUAAAAAGCACGAUGAAGAAAAAGAGAAACAAGAAAAAGAAGUGGACAUGUACGCCAACCUCUCUGACGAAAAAGCAUUUGUAUUUUCUGUGGCCUUGGCGGAAAUAAACCGAAAAAUUAUCAACCAGAGACUGAUUCUUUGACGAUGCGGUCGUGACCUCCGCAUGCCAUGCUGUUGAAGCCAGCUAGUGGAUUUCAGAUCUUCCGUGGCCUCUCAAGGCGGCGAAUGCUGUUACCCUAUGUCGGUCGAGGUCAUUCCUAGUGGUUUUUUUUUCCUUCCCCUGGCUGAAUCUCUGCCGCUUGUGAUUGCUUUUGAAGCCGUCCGAUUGUCAGGAAGCGAAAGGAGCAGCUCUUCGCUUUGUGGAAGUGGCAGAAGGAGUCAGAUGUCAGAAGCAACAUCUUUUCACUCUGCAGUGACAGCUGGAAGGCUCUUCCGAGAGUUUUUGCACACCGAUCCACUUCAGACGCAGUGUUUUAAUUUAAAAUGCCCUUCGCUGCGGAUUUUCAGUUAGCGUUGAAUUUCCUGUGUAUAUAGUCAAUCUUAACCUGUACAUAGUUGAUAUUCUGGUAUUUUCCCUGGAAAUCCACCGAUUGCGAAAUCGACGGGUGGGUUAAGUCGAACUGAUUAUUACUAUUAUUAUUAUUAUUAUAUAAUACGUUAUUGGUCGAAGGCGUCUUUCUACGUUCUAAACUUUACCAAACGGACGUAUCAGACUGUAACCAUAGAAACGUGGGAAUAAAUUGCAUCGAACUCAUUGGGAUGGGAGUCAGCAGGCCUAUUAUAUUCUGCUGAUGGGCUUUGAUAAAAAGCUUAUUUUAUACAGCCUUUGGGUGUCGGGGGUUUUCAAAUCCUGUAAUCCAGAACUUAUUUUGGAAGGCACCGGAUCAAGGAAAGCUCUGGUGUAUGAUUUCACAUGGAAAUUGUCUUCUAAAUUUGUUUUGCAUUAGCAGUGUUGCAACGCCUCUAUGUCAAUUAAAAGAAUUUGAAUUAAGACAUCA